GGCAAUGCAAAGCCGCAAAAGGUUCGCAUGCCCAUGUGUUAUGUAUGUGGUGGGGAGAGCUGCUUUGGGAUGAACAUGGGUGACCCAGCUGUCGGUCACCCUCUACCGAUCUACGGCGGAGGGUUACCGCCUCAGCCGGUGAGUCACGGCCCCGUUUGGGGUCUGGAUAAAUUUGGAUUCUUGCUGUAGAAUUUGGGUUCUUUCUCUUUUCUCCAUAUUUUUAUUAUUGUUGGUCCCGGAGGCUGCUCUGUAUCUUCCUGCUGAUGUUGAAGACUCUGAAGUUGACGUGGGUUUCUGUGUUCUGACGAUUGAAUUGCAUCUUGCCUCUCGCGGAUCAUGCAACACCCAGUUUUUAUUUUUGAAUUCUAAACCCCCUUCAUCAGAUUGCUCUUAUAUACGUUUGUAAAAAUUGGGAUGUCUACCCAAUCCGGAGACCUGUCCCAGAAUGGAAACCUUAGGAAUAUUGAUACUCUUUGUACUCUUGAUGAAAUCGAAGAGUGUGACUUAUCGAGGCUUUUGGGGAAGCCACGACCUCUAAAUAUGGAACGACAGAGGUCAUACGAUGAGAGGUCGCUCAGUGAAUUAUCCAUUGGGCUGUCCCCUCGUCACUCCUUGCGGAAUGCGGAGAAUUCUUCUCGAGCAAUGGACCAUCUCGAUAAUGUAUUUUCUCCGGGUAGAAGGUCUGGGUUUAAUACACCAAGGUCACUAAUGGGUUUUGAUCCGCAUCCGAUGGUUGCUGAAGCUUGGGAUGCUUUGAGGCGUUCUUUGGUGUUUUUCCGUGGUCGACCAGUGGGGACUAUUGCUGCACUAGACAGUUCUGAUGAGAAUCUUAACUAUGAUCAGGUGUUUGUGAGAGAUUUUGUCCCCAGUGCAUUUGCUUUUCUGAUGAAUGGGGAGCCAGAAAUCGUCAAGAAUUUUAUUUUAAAGACUCUUCGACUUCAGUCUUGGGAGAAAAAGAUUGAUCGCUUCCAGCUAGGAGAAGGAGUGAUGCCAGCUAGUUUCAAGGUAUUACAUGACCCAGUCAGGAACUAUGAAACUUUGAUGGCUGAUUUUGGAGAGAGUGCAAUAGGAAGAGUAGCACCUGUCGAUUCUGGAUUUUGGUGGAUUAUAUUGCUUCGCGCAUACACAAAAUCGACAGGAGACUCUUCCUUGGCUGAUUUACCUGAAUGCCAAAAGGGUAUGCGGCUUAUUCUAAGUUUAUGCCUUUCUGAGGGGUUUGACACAUUCCCAACACUUCUCUGUGCCGAUGGAUGCUGUAUGAUUGAUCGUAGAAUGGGUGUUUAUGGGUAUCCCAUUGAGAUACAAACCCUUUUCUUUAUGGCUUUAAGAUGUGCUUCGCUUUUGCUUAAGCAAGAUGUUGAAGGGAAGGAGUUUGUGGAGCGAAUAGCUAAACGCCUUCAUGCCUUAACCUUUCAUAUGAGAAGUUAUUUUUGGCUUGACUUGAAGCAGCUGAACGACAUAUAUCGAUAUAAAACAGAGGAGUACUCUCACACUGCAGUUAACAAGUUCAAUGUAAUACCUGAUUCUCUUCCAGAAUGGAUUUUUGAUUUUAUGCCAUCUCGUGGUGGCUAUUUUAUUGGGAAUGUCAGCCCUGCAAGAAUGGAUUUUCGUUGGUUUUGCCUGGGCAAUUGUAUAGCAAUUCUAUCGUCUCUGGCAACCCCAGAACAAGCCACUGCAAUUAUGGAUCUUAUAGAAUCACGGUGGGAAGAAUUGGUGGGGGAAAUGCCGCUAAAGGUUUGUUAUCCAGCCAUAGAAGGCCAUGAAUGGCGGAUUAUUACGGGAUGUGACCCAAAAAAUACCAGAUGGAGUUACCACAAUGGGGGGUCUUGGCCAGUGUUACUAUGGCUCCUCACUGCUGCAUGUAUCAAGACUGGACGCCCACAAAUUGCAAGACGGGCCAUCGAACUUGCAGAAGCCAAGUUGUUAAAAGACAACUGGCCCGAAUACUACGACGGGAAGCUCGGUCGAUACAUUGGGAAACAAGCUCGAAAAUCCCAGACCUGGUCGAUCGCUGGCUACUUGGUGGCAAAGAUGAUGCUUGAAGACCCAUCUCAUGUGGGUAUGGUGUCCAUUGAAGAGGACAGACAGAUGAAACCCCUCAUGAAAAGAUCAGCUUCAUGGACUGCCUGAGACAGUCAUCUUCUUCUUCUCCUUUUCCUGUAUCCACUUGCCCAUUACAGCUUUAAACAUGUUCUGCUAAGAUGAUUUGGAGAAAGGGAGCUGAAAUGGAGAUUCAGGUUGGGACCAUUUUGCCACUAAUAAGGUGCAUGAAGCAUAGGCAGCAAACAAAUGGGUACUCAUGCUUUUUUAGAAAGGCAUUAAUAAGCUUCCUAUCUUUCUUUCAGCUUUAGCCAAACAAUUAUUUUGGGAACAACUCAACAAAUGGAAACCUUUCCUCUCU